AUGGCUUUGUACGAGAAAUUGUUCCCUGAUUCUAUAGACACACUGAUGCAUGGAGCCUAUUAUGUUGGAUCUUCGCCGGCGGCCAUUAACUUCGGUGUGACCUUGUCCGACCAACAGCUUGCUUGGUAUAUUGUCAGAGGAACACCCCAGUAUCUGAAAGACUAUCAGACAUUUGUUAACACUGCUCGUUGUUGGACUGAAAGUUUUGCCAAGGAAUCGAGUCGCGGGAUUGAAGACAAGGUACAGACUGCAACAACAAAUGAGAAUUUGCUGUAA